CAGUUGGUAAUAAGAACAUGUCUAGAGCAUCAUCGAAACUGAAGUUGCUUCUUCUGCUUCAACUGCUCCUCUUGACUCAACAUGAAGUUGAUUCAUCAGCCUCUCUUGUUAGAUAUCUUCCUGGUUUCAAUGGUCUUCUUCCGUUCCACCUUGAAACUGGGUAUAUUGGUGUUGGUGAAGAAGAGCAAGUUCAGCUUUUCUACUACUUCAUCAAAUCAGAGAACAAUCCUGAAGAAGACCCUGUUAUUCUUUGGUUAACUGGAGGACCAGCUUGCUCUGUUCUGUCUGCUCUUGCUUUCGAGAUCGGGCCGUUGACUUUUAAAAAUGAGGGUUACAAUGGAGGUUUGCCUUCUCUUCUCUCAACUUCAUAUUCUUGGACAAAGGUAGCUAGCAUAAUAUUCUUGGAUCAGCCUGCUGGUGCUGGUUUCUCAUACUCAACUAAUCCACUUGCUCAUAAGCCUAGUGACACAGGAGAAACAAAACAUGCCUAUGAGUUUCUUCAAAAGUGGUUAGUUGAGAAUCCAGAGUUUGCCUCAAAUCCUUUCUAUGUCGGCGGAGAUUCUUAUGCCGGAAUAGUUGUUCCAGCUAUUGUUCAACAGAUCUCAAUAGGAAAUGAACAUGGCGACAACCCUCAUAUAAAUCUUAAGGGUUAUCUCGUUGGCAACCCUGUAACAGAUCAUGAAAGUGAUUUUAACUCCAAGAUUCCAUAUGCUCAUGGAAUGGGAUUUAUCUCUGAUGAACUAUAUGAGUCACUUAAGAGUACCUGCAAAGGAAAUUAUGCGAAAGUGGAUCCUACUAAUACACAAUGCUUGAAGUUGAUGGAGGACUACAACAAGUGUGUUUCAAGGAUAAAUGAAGGAUUCGUUCCAAUAGCCUUAUGUGAUUUGAUAUCACCAAAUCCUUAUUCAGCAGAACAUAAUGGAAGAAGAAGUUAUCUUAAGACACUUGUUCAGUCUGAUCUUUCUCUCCCCACUCCAGAUUGCUAUAUGUACCGGUACUUACUAGCUACGUAUUGGGCUAAUAAUGAAGAUGUACGCAGAGCACUACAUGUAGUAAAAGAAACUGUAGGGAAAUGGGUAAGAUGCGAUUGGGAUUUACCUUAUGAGGAAGACAUAAAGAGUAGUGUACCGUACCAUCGAAACAUUAGCAUCAAAGGGGAGUAUAGGUCACUGGUCUAUAGCGGUGAUCAUGACCUGAUGGUGCCAUUUCUUGGAACUGAAGCUUGGAUCAAAUCUCUAAACUACUCUAUAACUGAUGAUUGGAGACCUUGGCUUGUUCAUAAUCAAGUUAUGGGAUAUACAAGGACGUACGCUAACAAUAUGACAUUUGCCACUAUCAAGGGAGGAGGACACACUGCAGAGUAUAAACCUGAGGAAAGCUUUAUAAUGUUCCAAAAGUGGAUAAGUGGCCAACCUCUAUAAGUACUUCAGUUGGAACAUAGGCUUUGGAAGAACCUACAUUGAUAUUUCCUACUGCAUUUUUUAAAAACUACAUGAUUUGAUUUGUAUUGAGUUUUUUAUGAUUUUUAAAAAUAAUUUGGA